CACCAUUUUGGUUUCGGUUUUACAGCCGAGCUAUUGUCUGCGUUAUGAGCUUAAUUUUGAUAGUUUUGGGUCGUUAUUAUAACUAAAAGAUGAAUAGGAAUCGAAAUAAUGCUUCUGCUCAAAGUCACCGAACAAAAUUACCGCCUUCGUCUAAAAUUCGAAGAUCUUCGGAAUCGAUAGUCUACGACGACGGCACGACAACGUAUUUUUGGAGAGCUCAUACAGUUUCUGUGCUGGUUAUCGGUAUCAUUUCUCUUGUCUACGUUGUUUUUAUUGAAGAACAGAGAGACGACUGGGAAUACAACACUAAAAGAGGUAUCAUUGCUGCUAUUUGUGUAUUUCUUGCGUUUGGUAUUACGCAAGCGAAAGAUGGUCCAUUUAUCAGACCCCACCCAGCUUUUUGGAGGCUUGUGCUAUGCAUGAGUGUGGUGUAUGAGCUUGGUCUCGUAGUCCUGCUGUUGCAGACGGUAUCAGAUGCAAGGUUCAUGCUCAAAUACAUUGACCCUACACUUAACGUACAGCUAGACUUUAAGGCUUAUGGCGGGGAAUGUACAAUAUGGGAUCCUAGCCACCCAAAAGGGGCUUUGCAUAACGUUGUAGAUAAAAUGGAUAUUUUUGUUUUCGGUCAUUUCUUUGGUUGGUUUUUCAAGGCUCUUAUUCUCAGAGAUUUUUGGUUAACAACCUUGCUGAGUUUUGCAUUCGAACUGCUGGAGUAUACCUUCGAACACCAAUUGCCAAACUUUUCUGAGUGCUGGUGGGACCACUGGGUUUUAGACUUUCUCCUGUGCAAUGGGUUGGGAAUCUUUUUAGGCUUGAAAUAUGUAAGAUACCUGUCAAUUAAAGAAUACAAGUGGCAUGGUCUUUGGAACAUACCAUCAUAUAAAGGCAAAAUGAGAAGAGUAGUAAACCAGUUCAGCCCUUACAGUUGGGUUCAGUUUAAAUGGAGACCGACAGAAAACUUAUUUCGUUGGAUUUUCGUCUCUCUUGUCGCGUUUAUGUUUCUCUUGGCAGAGUUAAACACAUUUUAUUUGAAGUUUGUGUUAUGGGUGCCCCCUGAUAACCCAAUGGUCACUUUCAGAUUGAUUCUUUAUCUGUUUUGGGGAGCAGUUGCUAUCAGAGAAAGUUAUGAUUAUGCUGGUGGGGUAGCUAAAAAAAUUGGCCAGCAAGCAUGGAUAAUAUCUGCUAUUGUGAUCACUGAGUUCAUGAUUGUUGUUAAGUUUGGUCCCGAUGUUUUAUCCAUUCCAUUUCCUUCUUAUAUAAAGUGGUUCUGGAUAUCUGUUUUUAUCAUUUAUAUUGGAUUCUCAGUCUGGAAAUUCCAAAUGAAAUUUCCGAGAAUUAAACUCUGGUCGAAAACUGUGCUAAACAACAUUAAUCAAAACGGAAAUGGAGUUUUCUUGGAUAGCCAGAGUGAUUAUAGUGAAAGUGACGGCAAUGCAAGCAGUGCAACCUCAUUAUAUGAAGCUGACAAUGAGCCUGUAACAAGGAGGCGUCUACAUAAAUAGAUAAUAGGCUCCUAGAUUGAAAAGUUUUGUUUUUUGCUCUUAUAUGUUUGCGGAUUUUCCUCCAAAAAACUACUUCAGUUUUGGGGGAAAGCUCAAAUUUUUUGUUGAAGUUUGGAACAUCUUUCCAAUCUUGGUUACCUCCACUCAAGACCUGUAACAUGAGAUUACUGCAGUAUUGUUCCAAUUUGUAUCUUCAAUUAAAAGUGUCUUGUGUUAGUUUUACUCAGAUUAUUGCUGUGUUCAGUUAACUGUCAACAAAAGUGAAUUACUUAAACUUGCUCUCCAAAGGUGCUAGUGUUGUUAAACGUUAAAAUAUCUCAAUUUUUACACAAAAUUCGUAUACCCUUCUCAAAUGUAUUAUAAUUUAACAAUUUGAAAACAUUGGUAAAAAAGUUCAAAUUUGUCAUGUCAUUGUUGAUUGUGUUCAAUAUUUACUCUCAUAUCUUCAAAAGCUGCUUCCUGCACACAACUUAACUGCUCACAUAUUUGUUGUUGUUCAUGUAUUAUCGCCCAACGCCCUUAUACACAUGAUAUAUUAAUAUCAGUUUGCAAUAAGACUGUAUUUGAGUUAACUUUGCAAGGAUAGUUUUUAUGUAAUUUUUGCCAAUGUAACACAAUUUGUUUCUUUACAUUUUCUCAUCUGCCGUUCAAUUUCUUUAACAAUUUUUCUAAUUGUUGCUGUUUUUUGGGCUUACUUUGUCACUUACUGCUGUUGAUACAUAUGCAAGUUUGUUGUGCUUAUGUUGCUGAAGAAAAAUUAAACCUAAUACCCAGUUUA